AUGAAAUCUUUAAUUGCUUCUCAAAAGAGUUUUUAAGAGCCAUUCGUGUGGUUACAAGGUACCAAAGACUAUGAAAUUUAUGACAAAUGUGAAAAGAUUAAAAUAUAGAUCACAUUCACAAAAGAUUAUAAAAUUAUUUAUAGAAGAGGAGAAAUAAUUUUGAGGGUGUAAAGUCUAUUAAUAAAUUUUAAAAGGGAAAAAGUGAAACAAUUUUUUAAGAAUCCAGAGUUAAUGACUAACUUGGAAUAGAUUCGACAUCUUGAUUGGCAAGGUGAAUAUGGAAUUGGAGAAACAAAAUGUGGUAAGUGGUAAAUUAAAUGGAAUGGAAAAAUUCUGAAAGAUGUUGGUGGAUACUAUGAAAAUGGGUAAAAGCAAGGUUUAUGGUAAGAACUAAAAAAAAAUUAUUGGAAGUAAGGGAUUUUAAAAAAUAUAAAGUUAAGCUUAAGUUUAUGAAAUUGGAGAAUACUUUAACGAUUACAGAAAAGGUGGAUGGGAUUAUAUUUACUAGAAUAAUAAGAUGUAUGAUUUAUAAUAAUUAUUAAGUUAUGGAGGAUAAUACAAUGAAUAAGGAUAGAAAAAUGCCAAAUGGAUUGAUUUGAGUGACAGCUUUUAGUGCUUUUCAUAAAUCAUCUACAAUGGAGAAUAUAAUUUUAAAGGGUAGAAAAUAGGCCUAUGGAAUAUUAUGUAUUGCAAGGAUGAUGAAAAGGAAUAUAAAUAAAUGUUAUAAUAAAAUUAAAUAUUUUAGAGGUGGUGGAUUAUAUGAUGCGAAAGAAAAAGAAUUUCAAAAAAAGAUUGGGAGAUGGGUAGAGUUGUCAGAUUAUUUUAUGGAUUCCUCAUAAAUUACUUAUAAUGGAGAAUAUAAUAGACAGGGUAUAAAAGUGGGUAGAUGGGAUAUUAUGUAUAAGGAAGAAGAUGAAGAUGAAUUUAAAUUAAUGUAAAUCUAAUAAUAUAAGUUUUGUUAGUGGUGGUGGAUCAUAUCAUGAAUAGGAGAGAGAUUCUUUUUCAGUAAAAUUUGGGAAGUGGAUUGAAAUAGGAGAUAAUUGGUGGAAAACGUUUACUGGCGAAUAUAAUGGAGAGGGUAAAAAGGUUGGUAAAUGGGUCGAAAAGAAUUUAAAAAAGAUCAAAUGA